GGCCAGCCAGUCCACACAGGAAGCUACUGCUGCAGUCAACCGUGUCCCUGUCCUUUAAUACACUGAGCUGCCACUUACUCUCAGAUAGCAGCACGUUCUCAAUCAGCUGUCCUUCAGAGGAAGGAGACGGGCAAGUGGGAGGAAGAAGGGGUGUAGAUUUAAAAGAAAAUAUGUAGUCAGAGUCAGUGUACACAAAGCCAUGAUUACACUUCCGUGUGGACAGAAUAGACGCUAAGCCAUCCGUCAAACUCUUGUGCAGUUAUCAGGUGAUCUAAGGUCUUUUUCAGCUUGCUCUGCUACCUUCUGGUUUCAUGCACGCUCCUGACCCUGAAUACUGAUUAGCCGGGAGGCUUUUUUCUCUCUCUCUCUCGUUCUCUCGCUCUCCGCGAAACACUAUCUUGAUUGUUAUGCCGUCUGUAGAAAAGCUUUUCCUCCCUGCUGUCUCUGGUGUAAAGGUCAUAUUACACCCAGCAGUCCUGGCUGUGUUGUCAGGGAACACAAAUACUUCUUAGUGGGUUAACGCUCUCUCUCUCUCGCUCGCUCGCUCUCUCUCUGAUUGUCCUUUUUCAUGCAUGGGCUAAACAGUCAUUGGAGGUGGAGCUGGCAGCGAUCCAUCAAGGCUGAAACUAGGGCAAGCAGAGGGAAAUGUAACCUAAACUCCAGGCUGAACCAAAGAGCACAGCCUCCCAGUGACUAGAGGAGAACUAUCUUUUGUAGUCUCGGCGGACUAGCUCGUGACUGCCCUGCUGCACACACAACACAGCGCCUUAUCCGCUGUGUUUUUAAACGGGCAGAAUGUAGGCGUCUGGGUCCUGCAACACAGCUGUUUAACUCAGGCCUGAGAGCGUUAAAUUGAGGCUUUGCUUCCAUUUCCUGUUUUUAUUUAUUUUUUCUGCCUACCUCAACUGCUUGGGAAACACAUUCGUAAAAGCACACUCAUAAUCGGGCAACCUGUGCUGUGCUCCGCUGCCUGAGCUUUGACCUCUGAACAGAGCCCAUUGUUGUCUGACGUCGGUUAGCGGAGUGUGCCUGUCGGCAGUGGCCAUUCAUGAUGCCUCAACCCACAGAGACGAGGCUAGAAGACGCCUGACCACAGAGAGUCUAACAUUCAUGAUACCUCAACCCACAGAGACGAGGCUGGAAGACGCCUGACCACAGAGAGUCUAACAUUCAUGAUACCUCAACCCACAGAGACGAGGCUAGAAGACGCCUGACCACAGAGAGUCUAACAUUCAUGAUGCCUCAACCCACAGAGACGAGGCUAGAAGACGCCUGACCACAGAGAGUCUAACAUUCAUGAUACCUCAACCCACAGAGACGAGGCUAGAAGACGCCUGACCACAGAGAGUCUAACAUUCAUGAUACCUCAACCCACAGAGACGAGGCUAGAAGACGCCUGACCACAGAGAGUCUAACAUUCAUGAUGCCUCAACCCACAGAGACGAGGCUAGAAGACGCCUGACCACAGAGAGUCUAACAUUCAUGAUGCCUCAACCCACAGAGACGAGGCUAGAAGACGCCUGACCACAGAGAGUCUAACAUUCAUGAUACCUCAACCCACAGAGACGAGGCUAGAAGACGCCUGACCACAGAGAGUCUAACAUUCAUGAUGCCUCAACCCACAGAGACGAGGCUAGAAGACGCCUGACCACAGAGAGUCUAACAUUCAUGAUACCUCAACCCACAGAGACGAGGCUAGAAGACGCCUGACCACAGAGAGUCUAACAUUCAUGAUACCUCAACCCACAGAGACGAGGCUAGAAGACGCCUGACCACAGAGAGUCUAACAUUCAUGAUACCUCAACCCACAGAGACGAGGCUAGAAGACGCCUGACCACAGAGAGACAACCCGAGAGUAGCUGAAAUGGACGACGUAGAGAUGCAGAUGGAGUCUCCGGUCUCCACGCCCGCCACUCCACCCCUCCAUCUCAUGGUGCCGGUGGGCAACAGCAAUGACAGCAUCGCCUCACCCUGUGAGCAGAUCAUGGUGCGCACGCGCUCAGUGGCGUCCAACACGACAGACAUGGCCUUGGCCACGGAGCCCGAGUGUCUGGGGCCCUGCGAGCCUGGGACCAGCGUUAACCUGGAGGGUAUCGUCUGGCAGGAGACCGAGGACGGCAUGCUGGUAGUUAACGUGACCUGGAGAAACAAGACCUAUGUAGGCACCCUCCUGGACUGCACCAGACACGACUGGGCCCCGCCAAGGUUCUGUGAGUCUCCCACCAGUGACUUGGAGAUGAGGAACGGCCGGGGCCGGGGAAAGAGGAUAAGGCCUAAUGGAAACACACCCGUCAACGAGAAUAGCAACUCGUCAGACAACAAGGGCAGCGGCACCAGCAAGACGCGCGCCGCCAACAGCAGCAGCAAGGGCCGGCGGGGCACGCCGCCCAACAGCAACACAGAAGACAUCAAAGCCAGCCCUUCGUCAGCUAACAAGCGCAAGAACAAGCCCGCUUCAGACAUGGAGCCCAACUCCAGCUCGGAGGACACCAAGGGCAGCAAACGCAUGCGCACCAACUCCAACAGCGGCCCUGGAGGAGUGCCCCAGCCACCUCACGCCGUCCUCCCUGGCAAACCCAGCAUAAAGAUGGAGCCACUGCCCCCGCAGCAACUCGACCGCAACUGCCCUUCGCCGGUGCUCAUUGACUGCCCGCACCCCAACUGCAACAAGAAGUACAAGCACAUUAAUGGCCUCAAGUACCACCAGGCCCGUGCCCACAAUGAUGAUGACAUCAAGCUGGACAUGGACGGGGACAGUGAGUACGGGGAGGACUCUACGCUCCACCCCGAUCCGAGCAGCUGCAAUGGGGCCUCCAUCUCUCAAAAGGGCUGCUUGUCACCGGCCCGCUCAGUCACGCCCAAGGGUAGGGGCUUUGAGGCCCAGACUCCGUCGCCCUCCUCGGGUAAGUUUGGCUCCAAGCAGGGUAAAAAGAAGCCCUGCGAGGUCGAUCUAGAGGCAGGGGGCAUGCCCAUGGAUGGCUGUGAGGACGGGCCCUGCCUAACGGACGAGGCCAGCAACGACGGCAUGGACGACAAGAAGGACAAGGCCAAGAAGACGGGUAGCGGCUCCAAGGCAGAUAAGCUGGCCCAGAAGGGCAUGAAAUCAACGCGGCCCAUCGCCCCGACCAUACCACCUCAGCAGCUCUACUCCCUACAGACGGCAGGCGGCUUCCCUGCAGCCAGCCCUGGCUCCACCCCUGCCAUUGGUUCAGCAGUUCAGUCUAUCCCCAAGAGCCCUCAGCUGAAAGCGAUCCAGCCCAAGCCCUCGGCCCUGGGAGACCCCUCGUCUGUGAACCCAGCGCUGAGCGGCUCCAAGGACAAGAAGAAGAAAGACAAGAAGAAGAAGGAGGCAGGAAAGGAGGGAGAUAGCCCCAAAGGGAAAGGGGGAAAGCCAGAGGAAGGCAAGAGCCCGUACUCUGAAUCUUCGGACCCGGGGAGCAAAGGCGACGGGCUGCUGAACGGCUCAUCAGACCCCCACCAGAGCCGGCUGGCCAGCAUCAAGGCCGAGGCGGACAAGAUCUACAGCUUCACCGACAACGCUCCCAGUCCCUCCAUCGGCGUGGCCAGCAGGAUAGAGGCUGGUGGCAUGGCCCAGCCCCUCACCCCACUCCAUGUGGUCACACAGAACGGAGCCGACAACUCCUCGGUGAAGACCAACAGCCCGGCCUACUCUGACAUAUCGGAUGCGGGCGAGGACGGCGAGGGCCGGGUGGAGGGCGUCAAGGGAGUCAAGUCCGAGGAGCAGGCCACCCGAGAGGGGGCCAAGAAGGCCCUGUUCCCCACCCAAACAGCCAGCAAGGAGUCCCCCUACUAUCCCGGCUACGAGAAUUACUACUCCCCAAACUACGCCAACCCUAACCCUAGCCCGGGGGUAUUGGCCACGGGGGGCACGCAACAGGAGGGGGCCCAGGUCAAGGUGAAAAAAGAGGAGCAGGAGGAGCGUAAGGUCAAGCAGGAGCAGCAGGAGGAGCGUAAGGUCAAGCAGGAGCAGCAAGAGGAGCGUAAGCCCGAGAUAGGUGCCUCUGGACCGGGGCAACAGCAGCAGCAACAGGCCUCGGUCAUCCAGCAGCGCUCCAACAUGUAUAUGCAGCCUCUCUACUACAACCAGUAUGCCUACGUCCCCCCGUACGCCUACCACCCGGACCAGGCCUACCACAACCACCUGCUGAACACCAACCCGGCCUACCGACAGCAGUACGAUGAGCGGCAGAGGCAGGUGGUAGCCGAGCAGCACCGCGCCGCCGAGAAGAAAUCAGACGCUGCUGGAAAGGAGCGAGAGCGAGAGGGCUCCUCAGGGAAGGAGCGGGGUGAGGAAUGGAAGCAGAAGGCUUUGGUGCCCCCCACCCUCUCCAAGGCUCCCAGUGUCACAGAUCUGGGCAAAGGCGGGCCGCCCCAGGGCAAGCCGCCCAAAGAGCCCUCGUCCUCCUCGGAGCAGACCAAGUCAUCGGUCAUCAUGCCCAAGGGGGAGGACGCCAAGGCGCCGGCCCAGCAGGCUGAGGGGCUGAAGAUGAAGCUGAGUGAAGGAGGGCACCACGGGAAGGGGGAUGAACCCAAGGCGGGCAUGGAGUCCGGCAGGCCCUCGGCCAUGGAACAGGCCAUGUGGUACAGACAGGAGCCUGACUCGCGGCUGUGGCCUUACCUCUACCCCAGCAAAUACCCUGAGGCUCAGAAACCACAGGACGUGGAGCGCCACAGGGAAAGAGACAGAGACCGAGGAGAGCGGGACAGAGACAACAGAGACCGGGAACGAGACAGAGACCGAAAGGGCAAGGAGGGCAGGGAAGAGAGGGCUCGGCCCAAAGACGCAACCCCGAAGGAGGAGAGCAAAGAGGGGGUUGAGCCCCGGUUGUCUUUGGCUUUGGAGGAACACCGGGGGGUGGGAAAGGACCCAAGGGCCACCGCUGGCCACAUGCAGUUCUCCUCUCCCAUGGCCCAGCACCAAGGCUACAUGCCUUACAUGCAUGGAGCCUACGCCUACGGCCAGGGCUAUGACCCCAGCCACCCGGGCUACCGCGGGAUGCCAUCAGUCAUGAUGCAGAACUACCCUGGGUCCUACUACUCCUUCUCCCCCUAUGGCAGUAAGAUGGGGCCGGGCGAGGAAGGCGGCGAGAAGGCGAUGCGGGCCAGCCCCACGGUCAGUGGCAAGUCGUCCUCCGAGGCCAAGGCCCUGGACAUCCUUCACCAGCACGCCAGCCAGUACAAGAGCAAGUCGCCCACGGUCAGCGACAAGACCUCCUCGCAUGACCGGGAACGGGAGCGCUCUGUGGCCGAGCGCGAGCGAGACAUGGACCGGCCGCGUUCCUCUCCCUCGCAGCGCAUCAUGCCUUCCCAUCACCACCUGGGCUACCCGCUGCUCUCGGGGCAGUAUGACCUGUCCUACGCCACAGGUCUCUCUUCAUCAGCCAUAGUUGCCAGUCAACAAGCCUCCUCCCCCUCCAUGUACCCCCCCGCACGGAGAUGAGAAUGAGAGACCUGAUUGGCAGACCUCGACCUUGCUUGUAGCCAUGUGACGGGAUCACACGAAGAAGCCUGCUGCAGAGCUCAUUUUAAGACAUCAGUUCAAUGGUGUUUGGUGUAUUUUUUUGUUUCUUCCUGGUUGUUCCGGAUGUUCUGCUUCCUCCUCCCUCCGCGAGUGGGAUGGCCACCCUACGGCAAGGCUUCCCGUGGCUGGGUUGAGGGCUCGCCGAGCCCCCUCUGGCCGGCCAGCCGGUCACUCCUUUGCACCGCUCACGUGAUGGACUAAAAGGUCUGAGGAGCGGCCUGACGUGGCUGACGCGUUCUCAUGGAGUGAGGCCUUAUCACACGGACAGCCAUAUUGGAAGUGGAGAGUGCAGAUGGGAGAGGGGGUCGAUCAGAAACAUACUGGAUUACGUUUGAAAUCACUACAUAGAGAUAUGGACCUAUAGGAUUGAUGGCUGACCCUGAGCCUUAGAGUAAUAGGGUUGCAGCUUGACUUGUUUCAUCCAUCCACCAAACUACCCACUGACCCGGAGGACAUUUUAAAACAUUCUUUGCAAUGGACCCAUUUUAUUUCGUUCAGUUUUGUUGUUGUUGGUGGGGUGGGGGGGGUCGUUGUUUGGGCCAGAGGAGGGGUGACUGAAAGGGGAGCGACUGGUUUUCAUUGUCUCCAUCCCUCUCCACCACUCUGGGCUUUCUAUGCAAGCCGAAGCUGCUCUUCUCCUUAUACUGACAGAGACAGCCCUCCUCUUCCUCUGUUCAGGUACAGGGGGAGGAACAUUCAAGUUCACACUCUGUUGAAUCUGUAGUUGUUUGUGUGAAAAGUUAUCAAUGGCCUACUUGAGUUCAUUCAGAGAGUAAAACUAUCCGUGUUUGUUUUGUUGAGUUUUAUUUGUGUGUGUCGUUCGUUCCACAGCAUUAGUCUCAUCACUAUUCAUGUUUUUGUAUUAUUUUAGCAGUUUAUUUGAUAGAUUUUUUUCUUCAUGUCUUGUUGGCUUGACGACCAUGUUUCCAUCUCACUCUGACCCAGUGGUAAAACAGACUCCUUUGGCUGUUUGCGUCUGUGUUGAACGCUACUGACCUUUCUGUGGUGGCGGUGACAGCUGUCUCCUGGUUUCCUUUCCCAAAGGGUCAUCCAGUUUACAAAGUAGCUCCAAUGCAUCUGCUCCAGCUCCCAGCUGCUCAGCAAGGGCCCCGGCUUAAAGGGAGAGGAUAUAUUUGUGCCUGGAGGUACUUUGGCUUAGAGAGAAGAGGAAGGGAGAGGAGCGGGGAUGUACCAUCCUGGUGCUCUCCAAGCUCUGUGACCCGGCAGGUUGCGCUGAUCAGAGGAGCUGACUGGACUCUUCAGAUGCUGCUUCUAGUUCCAUCCAUCUUCACUGGGCACUGCAGAGGCUGGAGGAGGAGAGGGGUUCCCAGACAGGCAGCCAGACAGACAGGCAGCCAGACAGACAGGCAGCCAGACAGACAGGCAGGCAGGCAGCCCAGGUCGUAAAGUGCACAAGGCUUUUGUUUUGUCUGUUUGUGCACAGUGUCUGGGACCUACAUGACUAUGUAUGAGAACGGUCUGCAAGCCACAGUCUCACCAAACUGCAUCAUGAAUUAUCUGCAGUCCUCCCUCAUCAAUGGGACAUGUAAGAACACAAAGGAAACUCUCUAGAGCUGACAGUGGAUGCUCAGUAGAUAUGACUGCUGCACUCUCUCUCUGUGCUGGCCUGUAGUGAUGGAGAGACGGGCAGCUCUCUCUCUCUGUUCUGGCCUGUGGUGAUGGAGAGACGGGCAGCUCUCUCCCCCUGUAGUGAUGGAGAGACAGGCAGCUCUCUCCCUCUGUUCUGGCCUGUAGUGAUGGAGAGACGGGCAGCUCUCUCUCUCUGUUCUGACCUGUAGUGGUGG